ACAGUUUAGGACAAAAAAGGACACAAGGGAUACCAAAAAAUAUUUGCCAGCAAAAGGCAUUGAGGAAAGUCAGACAAAAUGGAGUUCUCCUCAGGGGACCUGGACAGCAGCAAUGAAGACCUCACAGGCAAGAAGAGACCGAGUAAGUUGACCACCACUCUGAAGACGCGCAUCUUCGCCAAGAGCAAGAGUAAGGAGGAGGCGGAGCAGAGGAAGCUGAGCCAGUCUGCCACGGAGCUCCCCCACGGGACACAGGAGGAGCAGGAGCAGAACCUCAGCAACAUGGGCUCACGUGCACUGUCACAUGACAGCAUCUUCCUGGCAGAACUGUGCCUGGCCUCCGAGGAGCCUCAGCGGGUGUUAUCACAGGAGAACGUCCCGAGCCGAAUCAAAACACUACAGAUGCAGCUCCAGCAGCAGAACCUGCGUCUGGGCCAGCCCCCUCGGCUGAUGUCCUUCAAGAGGCCCGAGGACACCGGUGGCAGCUCGGAAGACGACGGCCUACCACAGAGCCCACCCGAAAUCAUCCUCAACAACGCACCUUUACCUCCAAAACCAUCCUUCAAGAUCAGCAGCCCGGCCGUCCCUGUCACCUUACCCCCCUCUUCGGAUGUGGGGGUUGACUUCAGCACCCCUGCACAGUUCACCCCUUGCCUGGACAACUCUGCCGCUCGGCACCGCAUGUCCAUCAAGCCAAGGAACCAGAGGGCCAGUGCUAAAGUCAGGAGGGGGACAUCGCCUGCCUCUCGAACACGAUCCGAGAGUAUGAACAGCCUGGACCACAAAGAAGCUGAAAAAGAAAAUCAUAACGGAGUUGUAGAUUCCAAGGAGUCCAUCCGCGUUCGAUCUCAUUCCACCCAGGUCUUACGAACCGAAAUCAGCCCUGCUGCUCCUCCUCCUGAGCAGAACCCUGCACCUCCCAUCUCCCACAGGAGGUCCGUUAAGGAACCUGUUAAAGAACCUGUUAAAGAACCUGGUAAGGAACCUGUGAUUUCACAACAGACCCCAACAUCCCCACGACCCCCAUUUCAUCCUCCUUCCAUCUUGCCCGAGACUGCGGUCAAGACGCCCUCUGUCCACCCGCAAAGGCACAUUGCUAAAGAUCAGAAACCCCCUGUUGCCACAGGCCCUACAAUAGCCACAAACAAUACAUCUGGAACAGAGACCAGCCCUGUUUUACCCCCUCCAGCACCUGACCCCAAAAGGAGUCACAUGAUCUCGGAGAGUGUUGUAACAAAGCAGAACCCUGUAAGGACAAAGAAUACGGCUGGCACCAGGCAAGUAGGAGAGAGCCUGGGGAUUUAUCCACUUAAGCCUGCCCCGAGCAGCAGUCCAAGGACUGCUGAUCUGACCGGUGGGCCAGCCAGUGCUUCGGCGGCUAGUGAGGGGAAUGGUUCGACGCAGGGUGCUCUUGGAUCCCGUGGACCAGUUCCUCAACAGAAGACCGGAGCAGUUUUGGGAAUUGGAAGUCAAGGUGUAGUUCAGCCUGCGACGUCAGCUCAAAGAACCUCGGAGAGCUCGUCUGGAUAUGGGGCUGCUUUGAGAUCUACGGGAAAAAAUGAGAAGCCGCUUAUCAAAAGAGAAUUAGAGAGCGGGACGCAGUCAGCUAAAGGAGGGUUGCCAGCCAAGGCAAACAAACUCCAGACUACAGAAAAUGUAGCACCUAGUCAUGAACGGCAACCAUCUGGAUCAUUACCUUUCACCAUUUCCUCUGCUAACAAGGACAGAACCAGAGCCGGGAGUUUCACCGGGAUGGCCGAAGACUCAGCAGCCAAGAGAGACUUAACGAGGUCGAACUUCCCCUCGUACCGCUUCGACGGCCAGCGCGUCGACGGGCCCAUGGUCAUUGAAAUGAGAGGCAAAGACGAAGAUGACGCAGAAAUAGAAUCUCCUCCGCCAUCGCCUAACAUCACCUUGGUCAACAUCCCCAAGGGGGCUGAGGUGGAACUCAAGCCGAUGCAUCGGAGAACCAGCAGCAGCACAGAUCUCACUGACUCCCUGACGGCAUCCGAGGUGGGCCUGGAGGCCACGGAGGUGGAGAAUCUCGGCAGCGCGGAGGAAGACGACGAGGGCGUGGAGCAGGCCGAAGAGGUCCUGGAGGACGUCCCGGAGCGCGGUGGCGAGCGGAGGCCGACCAAGCAUGAGGAAGAGGAAGAAGAAGAACAGGAGGAGAAGGAGAAGAACGCCUUUGGAGUCAAGCUCCGCACCACCUCGCUGUCUCUCAGGUACAAACUCGACACGACUGCUCAGCCGUCAGACGUCGGUGGUAAACGGCACAGUGCUGAUAUCAGCACGCUGAAGGCAGCCGCCCAAGGCUCACAGGCGGUUGCUGUGGACGCAGCAGGGAAAAGGGGCAACUCUAUAGUAGGGCCGAGGGCCAACAGGGCUGGUUCUCUGACCAAACCUGCAGCUGCAAAUCCUGCAGCAGCAGCAGCUGAGUCCUCCACAGUCCCUCCAGCUGGGCAAAACGUGUCACCCUUCCUGCAGCCUGCCAGCGAUGGCAGCAGAUCUAGGUCCUUUAAGCAGGAAGUAUUACCCUCGGGUGAAACAACCCCAUCAGGAGGUGCAGCGUUGGAAAGGGUACCUGCACCCUCGUCUACUGCCAAGGUGGCCCGUAUACCCUCCAUGCCCAAACACGUGACAUCCUCACCCUUUCGUUCGAAGGAGAUGUCCACAGCCUUUCCUUCAAAGGAGACGUCCACACCCCUCCCUUCGAAGGAUACAUCCACCCCCCUACCUUCAAAGGAGACAUCCACCCCCCUACCUUCGAAGGAACCAGCUAAUGCAGCACCCACCGCUCCACCUAGCAAAGAGCCAGAGCCUGCCAGCUCUGAUUUCUCGUGGUUUGGCGCAGCAAUGGAGAAGACCAGGAACAUCCAGCAGCUGCUCACCAGCAAACUCCCAGAAGGCCCCACGCUGCCUGGGGCAUCUGUGACCAAGAAGGAGUCCAUGCCUGCUCCUGCACCUAUUGUGGAGAGCAAACCUGCCCCUUCUCCUUCUGUAAAGAGGGAGUCCACAUCUUCCUCAACUAAGCAGCCACCACCAUCAUCAUCUGCAUCAUCAUCUGCAUCAACAUCAACAUCCUUGCCCCCUCAGGAGGCUGCAACUCCACAUUCAAAUCCUACAGCCGCCGCGUCGGUUAAAGAGCCAGAGGCUGAGGUGUCUUGGAUGGACAUGGCCAGGGAGAAGACAAAGACCAUCCAGCAGCUCUUCAACACCAAGCCCUCAGAGGUCCCUGGGCCACAAGCAUCCACGAAGCCCACGCCAACUUCGACUGAAACUCCGCCGCCAGUGUUACAAUCUGCUGCAAGAUCAGUGCAACCUCCUACAAGUGAAAAGCCACCUGUGCUAUCCGGUAGAGUCAAUGGUCUGAAACCGGUAGUCUCACCUGAGGCAGAAGCAAGCCAGCCUCAAUCAACUGUUGGCCACUUGAGAUCUGGACAGCCCAUCUCAAAGCCAGUACCAGUGGUAGGAGCCAAUCCAAAACCAGCGCCCACCAAUGUAAGUUCUUCACCAAAACCGUCAUCCUAUACGGGAGGGACACCGGUCAGUGUGACACCUUCCAUACCCACGCAGCCACAAAACGUCCCCCCAAAACAGGUGGCGAGACCACCUUCACAACUUCAACAACAGCUGGCAACGGCUCGAUCGACGCCACCUUCACCUUUCAUAAACAAAGCACAGCCUUCAGCACCACUAUCCUCUGCUCAGCCCAUUCCCCGCACAAUACAGCCCACCACCAGCUUCAAUCUGCCAUCUAGCCCAAAGCCUCCCUCCUAUUUGACCCAACAGAGUCAGCCGACCCCAUCUUCUGCCCCACAGAGCAACAACAGCUUCAAAUUGUCAUCAAGCCCGAAGCCUCCUUCCUACCUACCCCAACAGAACCAGCCACCCUCAACAUCUGUCUCACAGAGUAACAGCUUCAAGUUGUCGUCCAGCCCGAAGCCUCCGUCCUACCUUGCCCAACAGAGUCAGCCACCCCCAGCAUCUGCCCCACAGAGUGGCAACGAUGGGCCUCUCUCGGCCAGGAGGAGAGGUGACAUGCCCCAGCCUUCGGUGGGAAGAGUUGGGGGGACGAUAGGGGGGAUGGAGGCGCGCACCCCUCGCAGCACAGCGAUGGGGAGCAAGGCAGCCUUCCUGGAGAAAUGGGGAGACAAAGGAGGCUCGGCUGGCACCAAGGUUGAGGUACCAAAGCCCACUUUGGACACACAAUCCCCACCUGAGCCGUUGUCGUCAGUCAGAGGAGGCAGCUUCAACAGAGGCUUUAAGACUGAUGCAGCCCCUGCCCCAGCCCCAGCCCCAGCCCCUGUCCCCUUGAGGUCAGCAGACAAGGAGGACAGAGUGCUGAAGAGGUCGCUGGCCUCAUCGUCCUCGUCCCAGCAGCCCAGUUCGGAGGGAGGGCAGCCAUCUUGGAUGGAGAUGGCCAAGAGGAAGUCUAUGGCGUGGAGCGAUAAGAGCGUGGAGUAAGCUGCCAUACAAAGGCAAAGUGCACUAACCACGUAUUUUGUCCAAAACUGAGAUCAGACUGAAAAUGAUCUUCAUUAUAUCUCCUUUCUCUUGUGACAAAGCCUUAUGCGCUAAAUGUGUCCCGUUUUAGAGAUAUUGCUAUUUCAAAUUUGAGGUAACUGCAAUAUCCAUCCUAAUACCAAGGCCUCGAAGGCAGUUCAAAUGUUGGCGAAGUUACUGCACUUUGCCUUUGUAGGGCAGUAGGGGUGUCUUGUCCAUAUGAGCUACCCGUGGAGGUAAUCUCCCAAGGCCAAGGCAACCGUGCUGGAGUAGUUCCUCUUGAUGCUAGCGAUUUGGGUUUAGGAAACUCAUCUUGAUGAAGCUGCCUCUCUUGAUGAAGCAGCUCAUCUCGACAGAACAACGGCAUCGGGUCAAAAGGAAGUGAGGAAAGUUAAAACGGCUUGGCGCAUGGUGACUGAAUAUGCCACCUACACAAGUGUCAUCUGCAAGUGCAUGGUGUGAUGUUGGUACUCCCCAACUGGCGUCAAUGGCGAACUUGGAACAUUCAGCACCAUGCACUCUACUCUCUACUCUACUUUACUCAACCUGUGCUUGUGUUUGUCUGAACUUUUGAGUCCUGACACACUGACAUGAAGAAAUGUCACAGCACACUUACAUGUAAACUGGUAUAAUGUUUUGCCGAUAACCUCUGAACUGCUGUAUGUGACCUCUCACCACCAAUGUAUUGUUCUGUUUGUUUGGUUAUGUUGUGACGUUUUGUCCUUAACAUGUGAUGCCCUUAAUUAUUUAUGCAAAAGCUAUACAAUUUUGGAUGCCUAUAAAUAUUCUAUUUUAAAUAACUACAUAUGAGAAAUAAAUAUGUAAAAUAUCCAUUUAUUAGAUGUACAUCUUUAAAUAUUUAAGAGUUGAGUAGGCCUACUAGAGGCGCUAAUGAGUCAUGUUUUUCUAGCCUGGUAAACCAGCGCCACCCGCUGGGACGCCGAAAAUGUUCAGCUUCUGUUCGCGCAGGCCUAUUGUGUUCAUAUGAGGCAAUGUCAAUGUCAGAUAGCCUACAGUAAGUCCAAUAAAGGUUAAGUUUUGU